AUGGCUGCAAGUUCCCGUGAUCAUUCGGAGCCCAACCAGCUCAGUCAGGAACCUUUCCAACCUUUCCAACAUUUUCCUCACUCGCGUUCUUUGUCGCUACACACUCGCUUCGAUGGCCCCACUGGUGAUGAAACGCCUCUAACAACCAAACGCUCCUUAUUGCACCGCGCCCGGCGAUCCGUCCUAAGCUUCAGCUCACCCAGCCCCCAAGCUUUUGACCUUCCGGCUUCCAAUGCCCCAAAGAGGCCCAUUCAGGACGACUCUCAUCGCCCUGAUGUGAAAAGAACAAUGCCAUCAAGUCUGGCUUAUUCUGGAGCCUCUGCGACCAGAACAUUAAAUGAAAAUGCGCGUUCGCACAACGGCUCUCUGAGUGGCAGUCGAGUAGGAUUCGAGGACUUGUCCUCGAUGGACGAGGGCCGCCCGAAGAAUGAGGAUGUAUUCCUAAACAUCGCGAGAACUGAUUAUGGUCGUCGCGAUUCAAUCGGUCGCUCGGAUUUUAGACGGUCACGGCUUGGAUAUUCUAGUCAAAGUCUCCGGUCACCAACGACAGAUCAGACCCCCUCACCCGAUCAGCGAUACAGCAAUGCCGACAACCCCUUGCUUUCUCAAAAUGAUUCUCCGACUGCCCCCUACAGCUCCAUUCACACUCCGGCAUCAUCCGCCCAUCCUCUAGAUGAUCCAAGUCGCUUCCGCUACAGCAGCCUGGGAUCUGGAUCGCGAUCGGUUUUCGGUGUUCCUCGAAGUCGCUUCAGUCGGACGAGCCCAGAGACUUCGCCGCGCACACCCUCCGUUGCAGAAGAUCGCCGAUCUUCUUUGCACGAUUCACGCAACAAUCGCUCAUCGCUUUCUACAAUCCACAGCAGUCGGCAGCCAUCUGCCUCUGAAGCAAUCGGGCGACCGCGAGCCGACACCGCACGAUCGCGCGCGGGCGCGGAUGGAACUGAGUCGACAUUGUCUACCACGGCGCCAUCAACUGUCUGGGAUGAACUAGAUGACCUCAAAGAUCGGAUCAAAAAACUUGAACUGACAGGCAGGCUGCCUCCGUCCUCUUCUGCGGCAAUGUACUCCCCUACCAAUGAGAGACCUCGAACAGCAAACACCGCCAUUACCACCUUGUCCUCCUCACCGAAGAACUACCGCAAAGCUAGCCUGUCACCUGCGGACACCGAAAAAAGUCCGGUGCAUCCUAUUCUGCAGUCGGCACUGGCCAAAGCAAAAGGCGUUCUAAGUGGUGACGUGUACAGCUCCCUCGAAGCAACGAUCACCGAUGCUUUGAACCUUUCCACCGCGUUGGGCGUCAAUGCCGCCCCGUCGGGCAGCGUCUCCGUUGUGAAUGGGGGAUACAGCUCACCAGAGCGACAUGCUCGCCGCAAAGCGGACAGUGUGUGUCGCAGCCUGACUGAGCUUUGCCUGGCCUUGACUGAUGAGCAAUUGAGGAACCACCGGCCAUCGUCGAGCCGCGGGGCGGGCAUGCAGCCUCAAUUGGCGAAUGGUUCAGAUCUUGACUCUCGGAUGUCCAUGCCAACGUAUCAGCGGAAUGAGAUUCAGGAUUCCGAAGGAAUCGAGCGGCGCCAUAGUACUACUCGCAUCUCCAGUCGGCUGGAAGCACGUCGAGCAUCCCUCAUCAACGCCAGCCCUGGAAAUACGAUGGAUACGAAGCAGAGCCCAACCCAAUCUCCCGGAAUACCUACCCCGACCAGUCGCCUGAACCGCAUGUCGACUUCUCUCCGCACCCGUAGACAGACCAUUGGCGAAGACAGCGGAGAGACUGAAAGCCCGCAUAGUCGCUCAGUCUCCAGAGCCAACACCGAAAUUGGCACACCCAUUGCUUCUCAGAGCAUCCCCCCUCCCCGGCAACGGUUCUCCCAGGGCCAUACCGUGUCCCGCUCAGUCUCCGGCAUGCAGCAGGACCACGGAUUAUCCCCGCGCUCUCCGCAAUACCAACAAUCCCAAGUCCCGCAGCCGCAGGCGCAGCCGCUACCUCGGUCCCCGACUCUCUCAUCCAACCUCUCAUUCCGCCGCAGCUACCUGAGUCCUGCUUCAUACACACCCGCAACGUCCCGCGCAAACAUUCAAGCUGGAUCUCGCCGUUACGGCCUAACGUCCAGCUUCUCUACCAACAACGUCCAAAGCUCCGCAGUCGAAGACAGUCCCCGAACGCCCCUCCAAAUGGAGCAUUCCCAGACCCGAAUCUCGACGCCAUCAAGCAAAAUGGCCACCAGUUACACACCCCUCCAAUCCCCACGACUGCGCACGAACAGCCUAGGCGCACGAAGAUUCGGUCUUCGAAACCGCGCCCCGGCAACCCCAAACAACAAUGUAAACCUCGAUGACAGCAUCGACUAA